GGGAACCAGGCCCUGGAGUAGCACUUGGGGUGGAAAAUGGCCUUCUUUGUCGACUGAUUCAUUCUCCAGAAUUCAACUUAUUCUCCAACUCAGUAGUGUUUGAAAGCAACUUUAUCCAGGUAUCUCCAUGCCUGUCAGGGCCACCUGUCUUCCCCUUCCUGAAACUGUUCCUAGGGGUUGUUCACAAGAUGCUGUGGACUUUGAAAGCCCUGGGGUGGAGAAAGAAACCAACAAAGCCAGAACAAAGCAGAGGAUCUGGGUCCCAAGUUCAACUUCAGUUUGUGCCUACAGCAUGAGAGAGCUCCCUGCAGGCAUGUGCUUUAAGGAACUAGACUCAAACCUUACAAGGAAGCCAGAGCUGUCUCCAGGUCAAUAAACCCACAGACUGGAUGGAUGUCUGGGAAGGAUCUACCCCCAUCAUUCUUGGGGUGACGUCCUCAGUGCCCUCCUUGCCACUCCCCAACGUCCUCCUGAUGGCCAAUGUCACCUGGCCCCAGAAUCAGUUUUCUACCUGGAACACACCUCGUGUCCCAGUCAUCACACUGAGCAGGAUUCUCCCCCUGAAGUAUGUGGAGCUACAAAUCUAUGACCGGACCCAACGUAUUCUGCGACUUAGAACAGUGACAGAAAAAAUCUACUACCUGAGGCUCCAUGAUAAACAUCCAGAGGCUGUGUUUCAAUUUUGGAUCCGCUUGGUGAGAAUUCUACAGAAAGGUCUAUCCAUCACCACCAAAGACCCAAGAAUCCAAUUCACUCACUGCCUGGUACCCAAGAUGCCUAGCCCCUCCACUGAAACAACACCUGAAUGCAGCCUCUCAUCAUCCUCCCAGACCAGUGAGACCCUCAGGCUGCUGGCAGCUGAGCAGAAGAGUGGCAGUUGCUUGGGACUCUCUACAAGGACCCAGCUCACAUCAAACAGAAACACCCAAACUGCCAUUGAAAUAGGCAGUUGCCACAGCUAUAAGAAACCCUCACUGGUGACAUCUCCAUUCAACUUGAAUAUACCCAUGAGAGCCACCUUGAACCACAGCCUCUGGGAACAAGAAGAUCCAGACGAGCAUUUCCUACAGGUUCCUGUAGCCAGUUCCCUAGGAGAGAACUUUCUGGGCCCCUGACACCUAGCUAAAAUGGGGUGAUCAUCCUUGGUGUCUGUGUAGCCUCUAAGGCUGUUCACCACGGUGCCAAGAGACAUGGGUGGGGUAAGAUGGAGUUAAUAACAACGUGCUGCUGUACUUCCACCAAUAAACCUCCAUGUGAGUCCCUCA